AUGGAUGCCGAUACCGUCGAUCGCAUCCAAGCCUUUGUUAGGCUACGCCGCAGGCGUAGCCUGACGUACGACGAGAAGAUGGACAACCUUUGGCUUCAAUCCGCUCUCCGUAAGGAGCAUGUGACGAACGUCUCGGUUGCCAUUGCUCGUCUGCUGGGCCGAUCUCCCAAGACAGUCAAAGCGGUCCUUGCUGAGUGGUUAGCUACCGGAGACCUGUCUGUUGUCGACCCCCCAUCGAACACCAAGUACCACAAGGCCAGAGUACCAAACACUCACGCUGUGCGUGCCACGGUGCGGUCGUUCAUACGAGAUCGGUCCGUGACGCGUACACGUACAGUUGGGAAGGACGUCUUGGCCCACCUCUUGGAGAAUGGAGUAGUCGUGGUCGAUCCGUGUUGCCCAAAAGACUAUGCUGCGUGUCUCCGUGCUGUCCAAGUGUUUUUGUCCCAGCAAGGAUACGAACGCGGCAAGCGCAAGGGCACCAUCAGCUAUCGCAUGACCAAGGCGCAUGAAGAGGCAAGGGACGCGUAUGUUGCCCUUAUGGUUCCGACGGUGACGCAUGCCCCCCGACGACCCGUGGUUUACUUGGAUGAGAGUUUCAUCCACCACCAUUACAGUCGACACGCGGACAGUCUGUACGACCCGACGGACGACGCGACGACAAAGCCGAAGCACAAGGGCCGUCGGUACUGCUUCGUUGCUGGAAUACUGGACGAUGGUUCCGACGUGUCGCACCUGUUGGGCCUGGACAUCUUUGUUGGCGGCAAGAAGAAUGGCAAGAAGGUGGAGGACUAUCACUCCAUGUUCAACCACGACUACUUUGUCGACUGGUUCAAGAAACUGCUGGACGAAGUCGAAGAACUCGGAUGGGGGUCUGCGGUGUUUGUCAUGGACAACGCCAAGUACCACAAGGCUACCGGAGACCUGUCUGUUGUCGACCCCCCAUCGAACACCAAGUACCACAAGGCCAGAGUACCAAACACUCACGCUGUGCGUGCCACGGUGCGGUCGUUCAUACGAGAUCGGUCCGUGACGCGUACACGUACAGUUGGGAAGGACGUCUUGGCCCACCUCUUGGAGAAUGGAGUAGUCGUGGUCGAUCCGUGUUGCCCAAAAGACUAUGCUGCGUGUCUCCGUGCUGUCCAAGUGUUUUUGUCCCAGCAAGGAUACGAACGCGGCAAGCGCAAGGGCACCAUCAGCUAUCGCAUGACCAAGGCGCAUGAAGAGGCAAGGGACGCGUAUGUUGCCCUUAUGGUUCCGACGGUGACGCAUGCCCCCCGACGACCCGUGGUUUACUUGGAUGAGAGUUUCAUCCACCACCAUUACAGUCGACACGCGGACAGUCUGUACGACCCGACGGACGACGCGACGACAAAGCCGAAGCACAAGGGCCGUCGGUACUGCUUCGUUGCUGGAAUACUGGACGAUGGUUCCGACGUGUCGCACCUGUUGGGCCUGGACAUCUUUGUUGGCGGCAAGAAGAAUGGCAAGAAGGUGGAGGACUAUCACUCCAUGUUCAACCACGACUACUUUGUCGACUGGUUCAAGAAACUGCUGGACGAAGUCGAAGAACUCGGAUGGGGGUCUGCGGUGUUUGUCAUGGACAACGCCAAGUACCACAAGGGUAAGCCGGUGGAUACGCCCAAGGGGAACUGGAAGAAGUGCGACAUGUACCAAGCAUGCGUGGACCUCAAGCUGCCAGAUGUCUCCCCCGACGACCUCAAGACGACGAUCUGGAAGAAGCUCAAGAAGUAUGUUGAAGACAAUGUCCAGCCGAUGGUGGUUUCGAUGGCCGAAGCACGCGGCCACCAUGUCAUGUAUGCCGCACCUGGGUUCUCCGAGCUCCAACCCAUCGAAUUGGUCUGGGCGAAUGUGAAAGGUACGGUCGGCCGAGCUUAUACCUCGACGACGACAUUCAAAGAUGUCCUCCAUCGUCUCGAGAGCGCGUUCUAUGAGUUGGACUCAGAGGUUAUCCAAAGCACCAUCGCUUCCUCGACGACCAAGCUUCUGAAGCUCGACAGUGCACUUCGUAAGGCUGAAGACGCGGCGGCGACCAGCAACAAUGAAGGAGGUGACAGCGACACGUCUGACGGUGAGGACAUGUCGUCAUCAAGCGAUUGCAGCAGCAGCAGUGACAUUGAUGAUUAA